GAGGAGGAGAAGAAGAGGAUCACAGACGCGGAAAACCCCUUUGACCAAGGAAUAUUCAGGGAAAACAAGACCUGGCUAGCCUCCCCGAACUUCACCUUCUCCAUGUUCCCUUUGCACGACUCGGACCCCGCCCUCGAGCCCUACGACUUGAGGGUGACCUUGGUGUGGGCUCCUUACGCCUCCUUCACCGCCCCCCCGAGUCCGACCUAUCGCAUGAGGGUCACCAAGUUCGAGGAGUGGCUGGAGCAGGAGGUCGUCCCCGAUGUCGUUGUGAUGGGGCUAGGGACAUGGUUCUUACUCCAGAGGCAGGGACUGGAUGAGCUGGCGCCUUACACGGAGGCUGAGUUCCUUCUGCGGCCGCUGGUGGAGCCUCUCGCCCGCUUGGCUCGGCGGACGCGGGUCCUCUGGUGGCAUCAGAGUCGGUAA